GGCUCAAGAGAAAGCUGCGUGGCAAGAAGCGGUUGGUGAUGACAUUGUGCCUCUUGAUGACUCUGUCCAUGGUGGCUGUCACUCGCUUCUCCCCACAGCAGGCAGCCACUGGCCCCGACCUUGACCGCGUGGAGCCACACGUGGAAACUGGGAACCCUGCCCUCCACAGCCGGGAUGCUCUGAGCUCCAGCCGGAGGCAGCGGGCAAGAAACCUUGGGCUCUGGCAAGGCUGGGUUUUGCUCCGGAAUUCCACUCAGGUCUGUGGUCAGGAGCAAGGCCACAGGCAGUCCCUGGCAAGGAACAGCAAGCGUCCAGGGCGGAUCAGAAGAGACAUUAUUUUGGCAUCUCCAGCUCACGGGCUCCCGAGGAAGGAUAAGGUGAAGGGUCCAGGAGCCAAGGAACUGGGCUCCCCUCGGCAUGAUGGUCCCAUCCAGGAGGCAGCGAGUGAGUCAGGUCCCCUGGAGGGCCCCCUCACAGGGCACAAUGCUGCAGCUUUCAGGACCCGGAGCGCUCCUGUUGCAGCCACCCAGAGGCCACAUCCUGCAGAGGACAAGGAUCUGCUGGGAGCUGGGCAGGGAGCCCAGACUGGUGGGCUGCGAGCAGGGAAUCCUGCUCUGAGCUCAGGGGCCCGUCAAUGGCCUGGCUCUGUUGCAGAGCUGCAAGGAUCUGUCUGGUGUGACACUCUCCCCCCUGUCCUGCCGGGUGGCUCGAGGACCCAUGGGCAGGUUCCCCCAUGGUUCACGGAGCCUGAUGUGGAGGCCCUCCAGCUGUUGGCCCAGGGCGUGGUGGUGGGCAAAGCCAGGGUCCCAGGCCAUGGGCAGGUGCUGCAGGUGGGCUUUUCCACCAAGGGCGCCCCUCAGGACGCGACUCCUGGGCUCAGCCAGCUCUGCACUGAGGGGCUCUGUGGCCUGAUCAAGAGGCCUGGGGACCUGCCCGAGGUUCUGUCCUUCCAUGUGGACCGAGUGCUGGGACUCCGCCGGAGCCUUCCCGCUGUGGCCCGGCGCUUCCACAGCCCCCUGCUGCCCUAUCGCUACACAGAUGGUGGCGUGAGGCCUGUGGUCUGGUGGGCGCCAGAUGUACAGCACCUGGGUGACCCGGACGAUGACCAGAACUCCCUGGCACUGGGCUGGCUGCAGUACCAAGCCCUGCUGGCAAGUGGCUGCGGCUGGCCAGGCCAGGCCCCGUGCCUGGGCAUCCAACACAUGGAGUGGGCUCGCCUGGCACUCUUCGACUUCCUGCUGCAGGUCCACGACCGCCUGGAUCGCUACUGCUGUGGCUUUGAGCCAGAGCCCUCAGACCCCUGUGUGGAAGAGAGGCUCCGAGAGAAGUGCCGGAACCCGGGCGAGCUGCGGCUGGUACACAUCCUGGUCCGGAGCAGCGAUCCAUCUCACCUGGUCUACAUCGAUAAUGCAGGGAGGCUGCAGCACCCCGAGGACAAGCUGAACUUUCGGCUACUGGAAGGCAUAGAUGGGUUUCCCGAGUCUGCUGUGAAGGUUCUGGAGUCAGGGUGUCUACAGAACAUGCUGCUCAAGUCCCUGCAGAUGGACCCGGUGUUCUGGGAAAGCCAAGGUGGGGGCCAGGGGCUGAAGCAGGUUCUGCAGACCCUGGAACGGCGGGGGCAGGUCUUGCUGCAUCACAUCCGGAAGAACAACCUGACAGUCUUCAGGGAUGAGGACCUGUGAGCCCCUCCUACCUGGGAGGGCUCUCAUUGCACUGGGGGUCCCCUCAUUGCAUGACCUGAGCGGAUGAGCCUUGAUCCUAGUGGCCACAUUUUCUGGGGUUCACCCACUUGAAGACACAUGGGAAAAGCCUUAACUAGGACAGCAUGGAAGUGGUGGGGUGUGUUUCCUGUGUGGAGUGAUGGAGGCAGUGUUGGUUAUUGGGUUUCUGUCUCUCUACAUUCCAUCUGCCUUCUCAGCUCUGGCUAUCUACCCCCUUGAGUCAAUAAAUACAUAUAAGAAUGUUCCAUGAACUGCUCCUGUAAAACUGUGCAUCUCACAUGCAUACACAGCUGGACUACUGUGUGUGAGCCUGUGUAAGUAUACAGUGUAUGUGGUAUGUGUGCAUGCCGGCACACGUCCAUGCCAGCACACACACGUCCAUGCCUGCACAAGUGCAUGUCUGUACCUGUACAUGAAAUGGUCCCAAUAAAGGACAGUCAUUAAUUGUACUUGGUCCAGAGGCUCUGGUUGAAAGUGGGCUCAGAUCCAAGAAAUGAAGCCUUAAUCAGAGUUAGGCUCUCACAUCAGGAUGAGACUCAUUCUAGUUUUGUGACUUAAUCUGCCCUUUGGAAAACAGAGCUAAUACUGUCUCAGUGCCGAGACUGGAGGUACACUCGAUGGCCAGAGCAUCUACAACAGUCGACAACUCGGCACCCUCCAGCCCAGCCCCCAGUGUCUGCAGCUGUCAGCCCAGGAUGGUCAGGAUUUGGUUGAUAACUGCCAGUUUCACUAUUUCUUGUUUCCAUUUUCUACUAGGACCAACCAGAGAAGCCAAACCUGCUCCCCUAGGCAGCUCCCUAAGGCGCCCCUUCCUGCUAACCCCUGCCUCCCUCAUGCCCACAGUCAGGGCUCACCUGCCUCCUAUGCCUGCCCGAGUCUCACUGGAGGCAGGUGAUGGUGUGGAUUCUCUUGCUGCAGCAAGCUCUGAAUCACAGCUUCGAUGUGGGAUCAUCUCACUUGGGCAGUCUUUGUUCCACACCAUGUGCCCAUGAAACUUAAGCAAAGUUCCAGGGUACUGGAGUUGAAGGCAGCUGGCAGCACCACAGGGAAGCAAGCAGCACUGCCCCCAGCUGGCAUCCUUUACACUGAAAUAGGCCUGGGAACUACCUGUGAAAGGAGGCCCAGUGGGCCUGGAGUAUGUGUGUUUGAGAGAUGGGGGUGAGAGAGAAUGCAUAAGGACCCAAACUUGUCCUUAUGGGACACGUGGACAGAUACUGUGGCCCUUGGCACUGGCCUCUUCUUCCCUCUGGGGCUGGGGGUGACUCCUGGCCCACUCUGUCCAGGUCUGCAGAAGUCCAGGAUGGAGCCUCAGGUCCCAGCUCAGCUAAGGGUAUGGCCUCUCCAUGUGAUGUUCUCCAACUGGUAUCCCUACCUUCUGUCUCAAAACAGCCUUUUUAUACAUCUGCAACCUUGACAUUUUUAUUCUGAUUUUCAUAACCCCUCUAGGAAUAGCGUUAGCAAGAGAGCACACUUAACUCAGCAACUCACUGGUUCGCCCCUGACGAACGCUAGCCCCUGCUAGCACCAACACUGACUGGGCAGGGCGCUGCCAUGGUGGUUUACAAGGAUGAGAACAUUUAAUCUCACCACACCCCAAAGGGCAGGCACGACUAUUAUCUCCAUUUUAAAGAAGAGGCCCAGAGGGGCUAAGUGACUUUCCCAAGGUCACCCAGCUUAUCAGCAGGACCAGAAUUCAAACCCAGGCAAGACUGUGCUAGCCAAGUCUUGAGUCAAGACCACCAGACGGAGGCUCCUACCACUCUCCCUGCUGGACCCAGAGUCGGGAACACAGGGCUGGUUCCCAGGAAUGUGGAAGUGCCAACUGCCAUUCUCUGCCAAACACACUCACAUCCAUUUGGCUCCCUACCCAUUGCUCUGUGCUUGUUAAAGUCCAGUGUAUAAACUGUGUCUUUCAAAUAAA